AUGGCGGGCUCAUUCUGGCGUCGGGAUGGGCUGCGUGCGGGACGUUGGGUUCGCUACCCGCAGACAUCGCCGCUGUCGAGCCCGUGUCGGGGGCCGGGCGGGCGUGGGAGCCCCGGCAGCCCUCGGGCGGUAGCUCCGGCUCGCAGCCUGGCGCUGGGUGCAGGAAUACCCCCAGAAACACUUCAGGAAGAAGUUCCAUCAAGACACAUCCUCCCUGCAAGUUUUGAAGCCAGCAGUUUGAAGAAAAGCAAUUGGGGGUUCUUAUUAACUGGGAUUGUAGGGGGGACCCUGGCAGCAGUAUACGCUGUAGCCACGCCCUUCGUAACACCUGCUCUCCGAAAGGUCUGCUUGCCUUUCGUGCCUGCAACUACAAGGCAGAUAAAAAAUGUCAUGAAAAUGCUGCAAGGCAGAAGAGGAUCCCUGGUAGACAUCGGCAGUGGUGACGGCCGCAUCGUAAUCGCAGCUGCAAAGGAAGGAUUCACAGCAGUUGGCUAUGAAUUAAAUCCGUGGCUGGUGUGGUAUUCCAGAUACCGUGCUUGGCGAGAGGGUGUGCAUGGCUCUGUCAAAUUCUGUAUUUCGGAUUUAUGGAAGGUAACUUUUUCGCAGUACUCGAACGUUGUUAUUUUUGGUGUGCCUCAGAUGAUGCUGCAGUUGGAGAAGAAACUUGAACUUGAACUUCAGGAUGAUGCGAGAGUCAUUGCUUGCCGGUUCCCUUUCCCACACUGGACCCCGGACCAUGUCACCGGGGAGGGGAUAGACACAGUGUGGGCCUACGACACCAGCACUUUCAGGGGAGCUGAGAAGAGACCUUGAAGAGCGAUGCAUUUCCAGCCAGUCAUUCAAACAUGAACUUCUCUGAGAAAGCGUUUCUGAGAUCUCGGUGGUCUUCUCUGAUUUUAGAGAGAUUUACACCUGUGUCUUUAGCAACAAAGCAUACCUUUCUUUGUAUGAAAUGAGAAAUUACUACUCACCUCCUUAACUUUUAGAGAAAACAAACAUGUUAAGAAAAGCAGAUCGAUUUAAAACCCAGUUUUAAUGGUAUAUUCUAAAAAAUGUGUUUACUGUCUUUUCAUGCAUUUGGAUGCAUGAAAAUAUGAAUAAGUGAUGGUCAUGUUUAUGGGUAGGAGAGAUGUCUUCAGCUCUUCACAUUAUAAACAACAUGACUGAGUGCCACAGAUGAGGGGAAAUGAUUUUUAAAGAGUUUAUAUUAGCAAAUGUUUGUAGUUUCCUACUUACUCAUACUUAAGUUUUAUCUCUUUCUUUGUUGUACUUCAUGGCAAAAUUAAUUUUCUAAAGGCUUCAGAGAGGCAUUUAUAUUUUAUAACAUUUUUUAGUAAUAAAUGGUUCCA